AUGGGCAUCACAGCAAAAUCCAGCCGUGCCAAGACCACCACCACCACCGCCACUUCUUCCUCUUCCGCCACCGACAACAACCGUGGCAUGGGCUUCCUUUUAGUCUUCUUCCCCGACGACAAGAACUCCUCUUCUCCCGGCGCCGGGAGUCCCGUUUCCGACGCCAAGCAGAUUGCUCACCGGUAUGAUAAUUACAGCCUGUCCUCCUCCCCUUCCCCAGCCGAUUCUCCGGGGAAUGCAAAACCGGCCAUGAAACGGACCAAUUCCAGCAACCCAAUCCUUACCAAAACUCAAUCCACCAUCUCCGUCUGCGCCUUCUUGGUCCUCUUCUCCUUCCUCCUCUUCGCCCUCUCCACUUUCGAGCCCCCAAUCCCUCCCCACCCCGUCGCCGCCGUGUCCGUCCACCGCCGGUUUCUCUCCGAGAGGCCGAUUAACCACCACCGCGGGGUCGCCGGGGGAGGGGGAUUCUACUACUGGCUCGACGCCGCCGCCGGCGGGAUUGUCGGGAGGAGAAAGAGGGAAGAAGCAGGGGACGAGUAUUCCUCUGCUUCUUCUUCCCCACACUCUUUUGCUCUCCAAGGGAUGGGCAGGCUUUACCGGCGGGGCACCAGAUCCAUGGCCGACCUCCUCGUCGGCCACGUGGCGGAGGACACCACCGAGGCCGAAUUCCGCCUCUUCCUCCGGCUGUUCCACCGCUCCGGCCUCGCAUCCAGGGCCGACGCCGUCUUCCUCUUCCCUUCCUCCUCUGCCUCCAGAUCCGGUUUCGAGGCGGUAAUUCGCGAGGAGAACGACUCGUUCUCCGCGCUCCUCCGCCAGCAUUCCGCCAAGAAUCACUCCGAAUCGAAGAAUAACGCGGCUUCCAUGGAGGUGGAGAAGGAGAAAUGGUCCUGGUCCAGAUUCGACGCGGGUCGGUUCGUGAAAAGGGCGAAUCACAGCAAGGGGGGAAUGGCGGCCGCGGCUGCGGGGCCGAUGGAGACGACUCUUCUGUGGGGUAAGAAAAUUCGACUCAAUGCUACUAUUAAUGGCAGUUCUAGUCCAACCACUACUUCUUCUUCUUCCCCCACGGCGAGUCGCGAUGGCGACUCGCCGCCGCGGACUCGGGUGAGUUACGGGUCGGUGGUCGGGUUCGAGGCGAGCGAGCUCGACCCGGAAAACUCGCUAUCCGGUUUCCUCCCCAACCCGCAAAUUUCACUCCGUCGGUGGGCGUGCUACCCGAUGCUCCUCGGGCGGGUCAAGCGGAACUUCAAGCACAUAAUGCUGGCCGACGUGAAGUCCACGCUGAUCCUCGGACCCGACCCGCUCGCCCGGGUCCGGAGCCGGGCGCCCGAGUCCCUCAUCUACUUCUCCACCAAUAAGGAAACCGGGAAGCGCGGCGGAGGGAAAAAGAGCGCCCGGUCCGGACAGGCGGCGAACCCGGCGGUUCUGAUGGGCGGAGGGAGAGGGAUCCGGCGAUUCUCGGCGGCGAUGCUGACGGAGAUCGUCCGGGCGGCCAUGCAGCACAACGGCAAGAGGAAAACCGGAGUGACGGAGUCCGGGAUCCUGACCCACCUGCUGAUGGGGAGCAGCGGCGAGCAUAUUCUGAAGAACAUCAAGCUUAUGCCGUCGCCGGACACCAUCCCCGGCGCCGGCGAGGCCGAGGAAGAGUGGGGCCGGCGUUACCCAGUAAUCCAACGCGGCGGUAAUUACUACAGCGGGGGAAUUAGCAGCAAUAAUAAUGAUCAUGAUGAUGAUCUAAAUUCCGUAAUCAUGAAGAGAAUCUGCUCAUGUGACGACCAGGAUCUUCUCUCUCCGCCUGUGUAUAAGGAUUGCCAUAGCAGUAGUAGAGAAUUAUUAUGA